GGAACUCUUUACGGCAUGGUGCUAGUUUCCAGUGGACUUUUUCAAUGUUGCACACUCGCCUUCAGGUUGCAUCCUGUGGACCCAAAUGUGUUUUGUGAUCAGGAGCUAGAUGGGUUCAUCCCGUUGACGGCCCGUUCGCGGAACCGGACUAACGACAUGUGUGACACCAAAGAAAAGGACUGGUAUGCUGUUCUGGGGGCCAGCCCGUCAGACUCGGUCCAACAGCUCCGACACCGGUACCAGCAACUGGCUCUAAAGCACCAUCCUGAUCGUCUUGAAGGGGAGCAUUCUUCUGAAGAAUUUGUUGAACUGAAUGAAGCCUGGAGGCUCCUUAGCGACCAGAACAUGAGGAGACAGUACGACCUGCAGAGGCGAGCACAGGAACUGAAACAGGACUGUCCAGUUGAUGAUUCGGUCUUUCUGGAGGAUAUGAUUUGGGACCAAGGUCAGUGUGUUUACACGUACUGCUGUCGUUGUGGAGGAGCGUUUAACAUCUCACAGAAAGAAGUGGAGGAGGAAACCCGCUGGACACAGCAGGAGGAGGCCAAUCAGGAAACAAAGAGAAGACACCAAGUGGGCGCGCUCGUUUGCUGCAAUACGUGUUCCCUCAGUCUCCACGUCACAUGGCCCUCAAAUAGAAAGACUCAAACACUUAAGUGAAGACUUAAAAGUCUUAAUCGGUUUGAUUUGUUUUUUUCAGUGAUGCUGUAAGUUUAGCUGUGAUGCCAAAAGCAUCACUUCACCUGGAGCGCAUCGGGAAGCAGAAAGCAAGUGGCUCAGUGGUGAAAUGAUUAUUUGCAUUAAUUACUAAUCACAAUGGCCUGCUGGAGGAUUUCUUACACACUUCAGAAAUCAGGUUCUGCUAAUGGUUUUUCUACAUUUUUACAGACAUUUUAACCUAAUAAUGACAAUCACACCCUAAGAUCGGGACUCCCUAAACAACUUUCACAGUUUUGAACGGAAAGACUUGAUUUAGAAAAGAGUAAUAACUGGUCCUGAUGAGAGAUCACAGACUGCAUAUUUCAUCAGUCCAAUAAAUCCCGUUGAACUUGUGUGAGGACUAGGGUCACGGUAACCGGUGUAGCGGUAAACCCCGGUAAAAAAGUUGACCAUAAUAAUAACCGUCUUUUUGUUAAAAAAAAUUAUCUCGGUGGGUUACCGUGACUGCGGUGUAGGUGCGGUGACCCUUACCAGCCACCGUAUCAUCGGCUGGAGUUGCCGGCGGCACAUGCGCGCUUUGUUGUUUACAACCAAAACAUUCUUGAAGCUAAAGCUGAAAUAAUGGCCAAAAGAGGAGACGGCAGCGCUCAGGACAUUUAUUAUCCCUCAAAGAAGACAAAGUGGGAAGUACGGGCAUCUUUUGGAUAUGUGAAGAAUGCCGAGGGACAGUUGAUAGAAGACGGCUAUCCUGUUUGCAGCACGUGCAGAAAAAGUGUCUGUGAAAGGCUGCAACGCUUCAAAUCUCAUGACACAUCUGCGUGACCAUCACCCACAACUCUACAGUCAACGCAAGGCAAGCUAACGUUAGCGUUUUAGCUAAAAUGCGUGACCCGAGGAUUUGGGUUGAGGGAGAAUGCAACGAGUCGCUAUAUAAAGCAGCCGCAGCGCCGCUACCUGCAUAUAAACCGUGUCGCGGACACCCCCAUGUUGAAAUGACGCUAUGCAUUACGGGGCUGCCAGGGGCAGAUAAGAGUUGGUCUCUCUCCGAGAAUAAUUAUGAAUUUAACAAUGAUUACUGCCUGAUGACAUUUUCCCAAAUCUGCAAAGCUCACUGGAAGGACACAAACCGAGGGCAAUAUUUUCCUGAUAAAGGGUUUAUUACUCAAGUAAGGGUAAAAAAGUAUCUGAUUAGAAGGCUACUUGAGUACUGAGUAUCAUCUGAUCUAAUAUUUUUAAAAUGAUGACAUCAAACAGACAAAAAAUAAGAAGUUAUGGGCAAAUAUUGGUAUUUUAAAGACUAAAGGGAAAAAAUGUAAACAAAUAAACAACAUAAUUACAAAAUAACACAUUUUAGGCAACAUUUAGUCACAAACUGAGGACAAUAUUUCCUGACAUACAGGGUUUAUUUAACUGUGUGAAAAUGUAGCAUGUUUAAAAAAAUACCGCAAUAAUACCGAAAACCGUGAUAAUUUUGGUCACAAUAACCAUGAGGUUAAAUUUUCACACCGUGACAACCCUAGUGAGGACGGUGAUUUAAUAGGAAGGGUUCCCAAACAUUUCAAGAGGACAGUCAUGAUCAUCACAUUAAUUGUUUUCACAAGCCACACAAAGCUGUAGGCAUGGACAUGAUCUGAAUAAAAUCGCUGGCAGAAACCAAAA